AUGUACAAAAAGCCCAUGAAUCGGCCGUUUAAACCGCCGAGGAUGCAAGAGGCCACUAAUAAACCAGUAAAACCAGCCCAGCCUGCGAAAAUUUUCAAAAGAAAACCAGAAGUUUUGUCUCCUGGGACACCUGAAGUUGCACAAACAAGGACUACGAACUCCGUCAAUGUUCUAUGGAGAAAAAAGACCCUCAAGAAGAAUAAGACUUGGGACGGUGAUGGGAUCUUAGUGAUUACGGGAGACCAGUUGAUUUUCAAAUGUGACCCGUUGGGAGGUUCCAACUUAAGAGAACAGGGUAGAAGAUCCAAAUCUUCAAAGAGUCUUGAAGGUGUUAUAGCCAUAGGCAAUUACGAAAUAGAACUUGAUGGCGAGAUUUCUGACGUGAAGCCUGCUUCGAAGAAACAUAGAAAAAUAGAACAUGAGGUUAGUUCGGAAAAAGAAUCCAUAACUUCAGCAGAUAAGAAAUCUUCCUCCCUUCCCUUCAAGAGCCCCAUGACAAAUUCAGUGACUAGACAACCACAGAAGAAAAGCGCUCCACCAUAUAAAUCAGAUUAUGAGCAUUCGAUUGUACUAUCUCAAGAAUCGGAGACUUCUAAAAUGGUAGUAGUGGAUCCGUUGCUCAGCCAACAUUUGAGACCUCACCAAAGGGAGGGUGUGAAAUUUCUUUACAAUUGUCUGGAUGGCUCCAAAGAGUUGCCACAUAAAGGAUGUAUAUUAGCAGAUGAAAUGGGACUUGGAAAGACAUUGACCACAAUUACCCUCAUUUGGACUUUACUUAAACAAAACCAGGUUGAUCACAAACGACCAGCAGUGAAGAAGGUACUGGUUGUGUGUCCUGUUACUCUGAUACACAAUUGGAAAAGAGAAUUUCGAAAGUGGCUUGGAAUGAAUAGGGUCAGUAUUUUGGAAAUGAGCAGUGCAUCAAAUGUAGAAGAAGACAAACGAAGUGUGAUCAACUUUGGACGAACCAGAGUGUACCAAAUAUUGAUCUUAGGUUAUGAAAAACUGCAAAAGUUGACGAAUGAAAUUUCCCAAAUUAACGUUGAUUUGUUGGUAUGUGAUGAGGGACACCGGUUGAAGAACUCAAACAAUAAGGUGAUGAAAAGUUUGACUAGUUUCCAGAUUCCUCGUAAAAUAAUUUUGACAGGAACUCCAAUCCAAAAUGAUUUGAAUGAAUUCUAUAAUAUCAUCAAUUUUGUUCAGCCUGGAAUUGUUGGAGAUUUUGCUAGUUUUAACAGGGACUACAUGAGGCCGAUUCUUCAAGCCAGGGAAAUUAAUUGCUUGAACCGGAAAAUCAUUAAGGCAGGCAACGAAAAAUCCAACUCCUUGGUUGAAUUGACUCAAAAGUUUAUCUUACGGAGAAAAGCUAAAGACAUCAAUACGAAUUUCCUUCCGCCAAAAACUGAACUGAUACUGAUGGUUCCAAUGACUGAAUUACAACAGGAGCUAUACAAGGAUAUAAUUGAAACUAACCAAGCCAAGCUUGGCUUGAUCAACGACAGAAACUUUUUUCUUCAAAAAAUUUUGAUUCUUCGUAAAAUAUGCAAUUCACCCUCCCUGCUGAAAGACGAACCUGAUUUUGCCAGAUACAAUCUCGGCAAUAGAUUCAAUAGCGGUAAGAUCAAGCUAACAGUACUGCUUUUACGAAAGCUGUUUGAAACCACCAAUGAGAAGUGUGUGAUUGUUUCAAACUUCACUAAAACUUUGGACGUACUUCAGCUAAUCAUAGAGCACAACAAUUGGAAAUACCACCGACUAGAUGGUUCGAGUAAAGGACGGGACAAAAUCGUACGAGAUUUUAACGAGUCGCCUCAAAAAGAUCGAUUCAUCAUGUUGCUUUCUUCCAAGGCAGGGGGAGUGGGGCUCAACUUAAUUGGAGCCUCACGCUUAAUUCUUUUUGAUAACGACUGGAAUCCCAGUGUUGACAUUCAAGCAAUGGCUAGAGUGCAUCGAGACGGGCAGAAAAGGCACACCUUUAUCUAUCGUUUGUAUACGAAAGGCACAAUUGACGAAAAGAUCCUACAAAGGCAAUUGAUGAAACAAAAUCUGAGCGACAAAUUCCUGGAUGAUAAUGAUAGCAGCAAGGAUGAUGUGUUUAACGACUACGAUCUCAAAGAUUUGUUUACUGUAGAUCUUGACACGAAUUGUAGUACACACGAUUUGAUGGAAUGUUUAUGUAAUGGGCGGCUGAGAGAUCCGACUCCCGUCUUGGAAGCAGAAGAAUGCAAGACAAAACCGUUGGAGGCCGUUGACGACACGGAUGAUGGUUGGAUGUCAGCUCUGGAUUUCAAACAGUUAUCACAAAAAGAGGAGACAGGUGCUGUGUCAACAAUGCGUCAAUGUCUGCUCGGAUAUCAACACAUUGAUCCAAAGAUUUUGGAACCAACAGAACCUGUAGGGGACGAUUUGGUAUUGGCAAACAUCCUCGCGGAGUCCUCAGGCUUGGCUAAAUCUGCAUUGUCAUCUGAAAAGAAACCCAAGAAACCAGUGGUGAACUUUAUCUUUGUGUCAGGCCAAGACUAA